UAGAUAAAAAAAAAGAAAAAGAAAAUUCUUCUAGAUUUGUAAAUUGAAUUCAUCUUCUUCUUUAUUAUACUAUUAUAAGAAUAAAUCACCUGAGAAAGAAGGGCGGGCAGCAAAGAGGAAGAGGAGGAGGAGGAAUAUGUUGCUGGCUGUUUUAAUCGCCAACUCGGAAGGCAAUAUCCUUGUUGAACGUUUUAAUGGUGUUCCGGGCGAGGAACGACUGCAUUGGCGAUCAUUUUUAGUUAAACUUGGUGCAGAUAACCUUAAAGGUGUUAAGAGUGAAGAACUUCUUGUCGCAUGCCACAAGUCUGUAUAUAUUGUGUACACUGUGCUUGGACAUGUCAGCAUCUUUCUUGUUGGCAAGGAUGAGUAUGAUGAACUUGCUUUGUCAGAAGCAAUUUUUGUUAUUACCUCGGCCAUAAAGGAUGUAUGUGGGAAGCCUCCGACAGAGCGCCUUUUCUUGGACAAGUAUGGUAGGAUAUGCUUGUGCCUCGAUGAGAUUGUGUGGAAGGGGCUGUUGGAGAACACAGACAAGGAUAGAAUCAAAAGGCUGAUAAGGUUGAAGCCUCCAACUGAGUUUUGAUGAAAAAAAUCACCUUGCUGUAUGAAAUGUAUUGUCUUCUCAAAAAUUUUCUAUUCAUUGUAUAAAAAGGUAAUACCCAGUCCAUCCACAGUGUGCCAUUUUCUUUCACUUCUAAAUGUUGAGUUGUUUCCAGCUUUUAUGUCUGUGUGACUAUGGUUACUUCAUUUUGAUAUUUUGCUAGGUAUAUUUUUUCA